AUGACGCCAGUCAUUAUCGGCGUUGCCGACAUCAAGAAUCGAUCCACCAAAGCCGAGGAUGCAAAAGAGCCAGCCAGCUUGAUGCUGGAGGCAAUUGCAGCGGCGAUAAAAGAUGCCAGCAGCUCAUCCCAGACAGAGCAGAAGCUUCGAGCUAGCAUUGAUAGUCUGGAUGUUGUCAAAACCUGGACAUGGCCCUACGCGGACCUGCCGGGCCUUUUAGGCCAGAAGCUGGGGGUUGAUCUGAAACACAAGAGCUACAGUGAACAUGGUGGCAACCAACCAGCCAAGCUUUUGGAUAGUGCAGCGAGACGCAUCGCAACUGGGGAAAGUCAAGUGGCAGUUCUGACGGGUGCUGAGGCUCUUGCUUCUUGUAAGUAA